UCGGCGGGUGCGGGCAACCCCGCAUCCGCGGGUGGAGCCACGCCGAAGCCCACAGCCCGCAGCCCACUGCCCUCCCCUGGCGGCUGCUCCGAUCCGCUCCGCUCCUCCCCGCGGCUCUCCGCGGAGCCGCCUCCCGCAGCGCUCCGGGGCCGGGGAGCGGGAGAGGAGCUGUCGGGGCGGCGCCGGAGCGCAGGCGGUAGAGUUUGCCCGGCCGCCGGCUGCCUCCUCCCCUUCCCUCCCCUCCCCUCUUCGUGGUUUUUAUUUUUUUUCUUUUUUUUUUUCUUCGCCUUUUUGGCGAGGGGGGAGCCGGAGCUGCUGCUUCGCGCUCCGCGGCGCCGGGGUGGAUGCGCACGGACCGGUCCUCGUGGAAACGGCUCCCGGCGUUUCCCCCCCCCAAAAAUCCAAGCCCCACCAACCCACCCAGUUGGAUAAUUGAAACGGUAUUUGGCAGUAUCCGGUAUUGCUAAGGGUGAUGCAAUUCCUACUUCCACUCUACCCCCCGGGCCUCCUGGCAUAGAGGCUGUCUUACCAAGGCUAAUGCAAACAUUGGAAAUGAAACCCUGCUGCAGAGGAGCACACCGACCUGUCACAUUCACUCCGCUUCCACCUAACGCCUCUGAGGCCAGUUUUUCCUCCAAGUUGUCCUGGCUGGAAAACGUGGAGCAACUGGUAAUGCUGGUGGAGUAGCAAAGCGAGGACCACAGCCUUCUGGAGGGAGACGUGGCAAAGGAAUCACAGCCGGCAUGCUGCAGUUCUUUUGGCCUCAAUAGGAAAAAUGAAGGUAACUUCUACUGGUAAAGAUCACCUUUAAAAGGGAACAUGGAUUUAAUAAACUCAACAGAACAAAACAGUACGUCAGAAGAACUAUUCAAAUGGGUGACAUCCAAGAUUCUCAUUUCCAUUACCUUGUCUGUACUUGCGCUAAUGACAACAGCCAUCAAUUCUCUUGUGAUGACUGCAAUAAUUGUGACAAGAAAGCUCCACCACCCCGCCAACUAUUUAAUCUGCUCUCUUGCAGUGACUGAUUUCCUUGUGGCAGUCCUAGUGAUGCCCUUCAGCAUUGCCUACAUUGUAAAGGAGACGUGGAUCAUGGGGCAAGUGGUGUGUGACAUUUGGCUGAGCGUGGACAUUACAUGCUGCACGUGUUCCAUCUUGCAUCUCUCUGCCAUUGCUUUGGAUCGGUACAGAGCAAUCACGGAUGCUGUGGAAUAUGCACGGAAAAGGACACCGAAGCAUGCUGGCAUCAUGAUUGCAGUGGUAUGGAUCAUAUCCAUUUUUAUCUCCAUGCCGCCUUUGUUUUGGCGGCACCAGACAACCAGCAGGGAUGAUGAAUGCAUCAUCAAACAUGACCACAUUGUUUUCACCAUUUACUCUACGUUUGGCGCCUUCUAUAUCCCACUGGCCUUGAUUCUGAUCCUUUAUUACAAGAUAUACAAGGCAGCAAAGACAUUUCACAGAAGAAGCGUCAGCCGGAUCGUCAGGGAGGAGGUAAAUGGACAGGUCCUUUUGGACGCAGGUGAAAGAAGCACCAAAUUGGCUUCAAUGCCCAGCACAACAGAGAAGACAUCAGAUCCACUGAUGGACUGUGAUAAAAUCAAUAUCACCGUACGAAGCCCCAGGUCUGAAUCUAAGCACGAGAAGUCCUGGAAAAAACAGAGAAUCUCUAGCACAAGAGAGCGAAAGGCAGCAACUACUCUGGGUCUGAUCCUGGGGGCAUUUGUGAUCUGCUGGCUCCCUUUUUUUGUAAAAGAAGUAGUUGUUAAUACCUGUGAAAGAUGUCACAUCUCAGAAGACAUAUCUAAUUUCCUAGCAUGGCUGGGAUAUAUCAAUUCCCUUAUUAAUCCUCUAAUCUACACAAUCUUUAAUGAAGAUUUCAAGAAAGCAUUCCAGAAGCUUGUGCGGUGUAGGCCAUAUUUCUAAGAGCUUUUGUUCAUAUAAGGAGAACAUAUUAAUUGGGUUUUUUUAACAUGUAUAAAUUUAUAUAACUGAGUUCACAUUUGUUGUAUUUAAGGAAAAACACCAAGACUCUGCAUUUACAUAAUGACUCUUUUGUAUUAGUAGUACUGGGAGCAUAAAUUGCCCAAGUUUUAAAGAGAUGGAUCUUCUGGGAUCAGUUUUGCUCUGGAAAAGGAGGUAGCGUUUAUUCAUUGUGACCCUGACCCACCUGGGAUUUGCAGAGCCACCUAGUUUGAAGCAUUCAGGUAUUACCUUAAACAUAAAGGAAAUACAUGCUUGAAGUAGACAAAACAAAGAAACAAAAUUAGAAAGAAAAAAAAAAAAGGCAACAACUAACCAAUGAAGUUUUAAGUGAAACACCACACAGGUUUUGGUCUCUAUUGUCAAUAAGAUAGAAAAUACAGCUUAGAAUUAAAGACUUAACUUUAUUAAUUUGUCACAGGCCUGCAGCAUAGAGCCAAGCCAUUCCCAGCAAAGGGUAGUAGCUUUAAACAUACCUAGCAUCAUCCUCUGUUAACUAGUUGAGUGCAGCUGCAGCCCCGCCUUCUCUCCUAGAUGAAGGACUUCCCUGGGUUAUGCCCCAGCAAUAGUCGAGGCACUUUCAUGGGUUAACAGUUCAUAGCGAGCCACUGUUUCAUGCCCUGUGCCACUGCACACCCAAGACAGACAUGGACACAGCCCCAGGGGAAUGGCUGGUAGUCAGGGCACCUCAUGUGAUUUGCGUGCACACAGUGCCUGGUGCUCAGAGACACCAUUUCGGUAGGGACUAUGGAGAGUUGACCUCAUAAAGAGCAGCUGGUCCUCCUCAUGGGGAUGUUAUAAAGGAGAGAAACAUGAAAUACUCCCUGUUCCCUCAGCCCUACCUCAUAUGCCUGGCCGGCAUGGCCCCCACAACUUUCUGGACACCAAAUCCCGCCACACAGCUUGUGUCAGGGCCACUAGAGCAUUGCUGAUGGCAAGUGUCUCAGUGAGCUUGGGUUGAGGGCCACCUACUAAAGCUCCAGCUCAGCGUAUGCUAGAAGCCAGUUAGGCCCGAAGCCUAACAUCCCCCGAGUCUUUUUUCAACUGCCUCAAGCGCUAGGGCUGUGCACCCUCUUCCCAGCCAUGUGAGAAAGAAGGGACCAAGUGCAGUGCCAGCACUGUGGGUCCCCAGAAAAGGUCCUUCGGGAGCUUCUCCAGAAAGGGCAGGGGGAGGGAUCUCAGUCAGCAGCAUACACUUGGGAAGGGAAUCCUGUGGGAUGCACAUGGCCUGGUGCCUCCAAACCCCCACUUUCCCCAGAGCAUCUAGUCACAGUCCUCAGUCCCAGCAGAGCUGAAGGGACUUGUAUGCACUCCAGCCAUCCCCGGCCAACUGGUUCGGCCAAAGAUAGCCACAAUGAACAAGGCCUUUAGUGGGCUGCCUGCAAAGGCCUCAAAGACAGCACCUUGGCCAGUCUUGAUUUACACACUCUAGAUACCAAGACACAGCACUAAAAACUGCAACAGCCCUUGCCUCAAAACUAUCAGUGCAAGUUUGUCAGCAGCUAAGGGUACUAACAAGACAGUGGGCAUUUACCCCCACGGUGCAGAUGAGUAGCUAAGAGCCACCACAGAGCCCAGGGAUGGGUUUUGCACUUUUCAGGUCAGACAGAUUUAGACUGCGUCACCAAGACCCUGGCUUUGCAUUUGUUGCCAGCCAUUCAAUACUGUCUAGCAGGAACAGGGACUGGAGGCUCCUUACAGGAACUACAAAUCCUGCUGUCAGCAGCAGCAAUCCUUCAGAGAUGCUCUAAUUUGGCACACAGGCUGGCAGCUUUGGGACGUCACAGAGAAGCUGAGACAUGAGACCACUACACAGAGCCUUAGUUUCGGAAGGGUGUCACCGGUCUUUGCAGUUUUUUCUUCCAAGAGACUUUUAGCAUUUUGUAUUAGACAAGAAAAUCCAGAAAAAAAUGCUGUCACUGUUGUUUCUCUCUCCUGCUUUCCCUCCCCUUAUAUUCCAAACUGUGGAGCUUAAUGAUUUUUGUAUUUUGCCCACUAGCUACAAGCUUCCACAACAGCUGUCAGAGGUGUUUCAUGCAAGAUGGCAAGGUUUGAGACCUAAGAUAUUGAACUAAUUUGUUUCUGUCACUUGAAACUUACUAUAUUCUGCUUUCACAUCAAGAUCCAAAUGAGAUACUACUCAGAAGUACUAGAAACCAUGCAUUACUUUUACCGCUGAUUUUAACCCCUGCAGGAGCCUUGUGGAAAGCUUACUUGUCACACCACAUAGCUCUAGUGCAGCAGUAGCACAGCUAAAUUUUGAAGGCACUAGGAUGCAGCAGCAUGUAAUUUGGCUUGCGCUCAGCAUAAGCAAACACACUUGAUACCACUGCAGUCAGAGCACAGCUGCGGCAGCCCCCAUGACCUCAGCACUGGCUAUAUUAUGCUAAAAGAAAAUAACCAUUUUAAAGAUCAGCCGUGCUCUGCUGUCUCCAGAAAGAUCCACAGAAUUGUUUCCUCAAAGGAUUACCAAAUUAGCAGAAGGCUGCAAGGAAACCACACUGAAACGUUUAAGGUUGAAGACCUCUGUUUGUUUCCUGAGUACUGUGUCAUAACAUGGGACUUCUAGAGCCACAGCUUCCACUCCCCUGCUUUUCCCUUUAUAUCUGCUGGAGGGCAGCGUAUAUUGCUUUUCCUCUUACAUGUAAAAAGUUUGACAAUACCUUGUGAAAGCAAAUUGGAAGAAAAACUAGGGGUUGCUUCUGAGGAGAAAAGAUGCUUAAGAUACUCAUAUUUAAAUAAUAAUGGUAAGGCUCAAAGAAUGAAGUAGCAUGUAGAUAAACAGAAAAUAGCUGUCAUUUAUGCACUGUCAACAGUAUUAUACUCUGGAUCUACUUAAGCUGCUAAACAUUUCUUGAAAUGCAAGGGUGGUUUCUUUUGUAUCCUUUUCACUGAGCUGUAUCUGCUCACCCUUCAACACCAAGUGGUGGAAGAUGCAGCUACAAGAAAUCUAAGCAAACAAGCGGAUAGUUAUCUUAUUAAAAGCACUUACAGAUUGUGGACCAUCAUUUCUUGGUGUCUGAAAUUUCCACAGUGCCAAACACUUUAUCCUACAUCCCCACACAGUAUCACUUCAUCUCUAGCAUUUAUCUAUGCAUGUGAUGUGCUAAGAAAAAAAUCUGACUUCUUUCAAGAUGCAUAAUAGUUAAGAUUUCUGUUGGAUGCUGCUUUCCCCUCCCCAGAAGGUACACAGGCACCCACUGGAGCUUAGUACUGAAUCCAAGGAGCAAGAAAGAGACUGCAAGAUUUUUAUGCCCUGGAACUAAGUAUUUUUACAAGUAGCUCUUUACCUUCUAAGAGUUCAGUCUCAGAAAAGAGAAAAAAAAAAGUCUGUUUUCUUAACUCUAUCAGAAGAGUGCGUGUGUAUUGAAGGAAAGGGUUUUACAUAUCCUCUCCUUUGUGUGAAGCUUUCUAGACUCCUGUCACUGGUGUAGCUGCCCUCCCAGUUGCUGCUUGCUGCCUACCUACCCACCCAUCAAUUUAUAUUUCUUCUAAAACCUAGGGAACUAGAUUUGGAGCAGCUGACCUGCUCCCACUUCAUCUUUCACAGAGGAUGAUUCCUGAAGCAGCUGUGAACACUAUAUGCAGUUCAGGUAGAUGUUUUUUCCUAACAGCAAGCAGUUAAAUACACCUCAUUAUUCUGUGCUCAGUCCUUCACUUUUCCUCCCUGCCGAAUGCUUUAUUGGUGUUCUUUCCUCUUGAGGAGAGCACAUCCCUACAGAGGGGUUGGGCUACGAAUACACUUUUGUUUUAGUGAUGCAGUCACACUUGUUAAUGCAUGACUGUACCACCCAGAAACACCCACUUCGUCCAAAUGUGCUUUUGGCAGUCACUGCCUUCAGCUGGUGCCUAAUUGUUCUUGGUGUUAGGGAGGUACACAGAAAUAACUAUGUACCAAAUCAUUUUCUCCAGUAGUUACAAACUUAGCAUGUUAUUUCUAGGCAAGUACGCAGGAUUAUUUAUUUGACCUUUGCAUUUCAGAUUCCUUUGCAUAAGGGAAACAGAAAGUCACCGCUGUAGCUGUUGAAAGGAAGGACUUUUUUGAACUCUGCGCACCAAAGAAAAAAGGCUGCAAGAAAAACAUGAGGAAGCCCUUGUAGCACCUCUGUAAAGACUGAGCAUAAACCUAACACUUGCAAGCACCCCAGCACUCAAGUAGUAAAUGUUACCUGCUAUUUGCUCUCAUAUUCCUCUUCUGAAAAGUGCUGCUGCACUACAGGGACAGUACUAACAAUAUCAAAACUACGAAAAAUACCAGCAAUGUUUUGAUAUCCCCUCCCCUGCACAAUCCUGAAAUGAAUUAAACAGAUUUUUAUUAUUUUUAAGGAUUUUCCAUUUGUCUUCUGGGGACACUAAUUUCUAAUUCUUUUUUUUUUCCUCUCUCUUUAACCAGGAAGGGUAAGCCUUUAAAAGAAAUAUAAACAUUUCUAUGACCUAGGGUUUCUAGACAUCAUCUAGUAACUCAAGAAAUCAAAGCUUUGGUGAUACAGAGCUUGGCUAAGAAGAUUACAGAGAACAGAACAGGCAACAGUCAGCAGCAUUGGCAUGAACAGACAAGGUUACCAAUUCAAUCCAAAACAGCCUUUCUGGUGUCAAAUCCCUCUCAUAAAGACAGCAAUGACCGAAAAAAUCUUAUAUCCUCAGG